AUGCCCAGGGAAGACAGGGCGACCUGGAAGUCCAACUACUUCCUUAAGAUCAUUCAACUUCUGGGAGACUAUCCGAAAUGCUUCGUCGUGGAUGCAGACAAUGUGGGCCCCAAGCAGAUGCAGCAGAUCCGCAUGUCCCUCCGCGGGAAGGCUGUGGUACUGAUGGGUAAGAACACCGUGAUGUGCAAGGCCAUCAGGGGCCACCUGGACAUCAAUCCGGCCCUGGAGAAGCUGCUGCCUCACAUCCGGGGGAAUGUGGGGUUUGUGUUCAUCAAAGAGGAUCUCACUGAGGUCAGGGACAUGCUGCGGGCCAACAAGGUGCCGGCUGUUGCCCAUGCUGGUGCCAUUGCUCCGUGUGAGGUUACCGUGCCGGCCCAGAACACUGGUCUGGGCCCCGAGAACACCGCCUUCUUCCAGACUUUGGACAUCACCACUAAAAUCUCCAGAGGCACCAUUGAAAUCCUGAGUGAUGUGGAACUGAUUAAGACUGGAGACAAGGUGGGUGCCAGAGAGGCCACCCUGCUGAACACGCUGAACAUCUCUCCCUUCUCCUUGGGGCUGAUCAUCCAGCAGGUGUUUGACAACGGCAGCAUCUACAAUCCUGAAGUGAUUGACAUCACAGAGGAGACUCUGCAUACCCGCUUCCUGGAGGGUGUCCGCAAUGUUGCCAGCGUCUGUCUGCAGAUUGGUUACCCACUCAGAAAUGAGAUUGACAAAGUGGUGGUUCAGGGCAAUGCCAGCCCCAGGAUCAAAAAUGGAAGAGUGGGUGUCACUGUUAAAAUCAUAGGAGACCACCUGGUCUUCAGUGUAUCCCAGAAUGCCCGUGAGGGGUCCUUCUGA